AUGGCGACCUCGGGCAACGACGGCGCCAGCUCCAGCAAUUUGCUUGAAAAGUUACAUUCCGAAUUUUUGCGGGGGAAAUCUUCCACUGUUGAUGCUAGCAAAUCCAAGGAUUGCAGCAAAAGCCCAUAUACACUGCCUACUGACGAAACUGAUUGUGAAGAAAUUGAAACUCGGCCAAGCCCUGCACGGGACAGCCACAUUGUGCACAACCCGCGCGAUCGGGGUGCUUCAAGUACUGCAAGUACUUCCAAGGAUGACACCGAGAGUGCAUCGAGUGAUGAACAUAUGAACUUGCUAAAAUCUAUGCAAGCAACCUUGAGUGCUGUAGUUUCGAAGGUUGACUUUAUGCAAAAUCAGUGGUUUGAGGAAGGUGACGAUGGAAUGGACACAGAAACAGGAGACAAUUUAGCUAUUAAUAGAUCGCCCAGGGACCAAGUACCCUAUUUGCAAACCCCAUCGGCAGCAAGCGGUGGCCAGUCGUGUCACGUGACACUGGCGGAUGCAGAGCACGGAAGAGGAGUUACCUCCCCUGGCGCUGUCAUGGCCGCCCCCAUGCCAUCAACAUCCGAGAGCGUCGAAACUCCUUCUGCCAUUCGGAAUCUGGCCGAGAAGUUCAGGCCAACUGAGAAGGUUAGCCCCCCUGUCGACAAAGGGGUUGCGGAGCUUAUUGACGGCCUCAUGACAACAAGGCUGGAGGAGAAACAAAGACAGGAUCUCGGCGAGAAAUAUAACCCACCAUCAAACAUGACAAAAUUACAGCCUCCUAGAGUUAACCCCGGAAUUUGGCAGAUUAUGGACACAGACAGCAAAUCAAGGGAUGUAAAAUCCCAGAAAAUACAGGAAUCUCUCUGCCGUGGACUAGUUCCCAUCACCCUGGCUAUCAAUAGCCUGAAUGCGUUAAGCUGUGAGUCUGAACAAAUCACACAGAUUUUGAGUCAGGUGGUCGAUGGUGUGGCCCUUAUUGCCAGUGCCAGUUAUGAACUGAGCAUUCGUAGGCGUGACCUUAUUCGUCAGGACAUUACUCCAGAAUUCAAAUCUCUUUGUGCACAUGGUAUGCCAGUGUCAGACUUUCUAUUUGGGGACAACCUCAAUGAGAAAAUAAAGGAACUCUCCGAGACAAAUAAGCUUAUGCUCAGAGUUGGCCAGCGGUCCUUCGCCCCUAGGGGUCGUGGAGCAGGCCGUGGAGGUUUCCGAUUCAGAGGACGUGGUGGCCGUUUUUUAGACCAGCGCUCAUUCCGCCAGUCUUACCCCAAGCACCCACCUCAUUAGUGACACUGUUUUUCCUAUUGCAGGUAGGCUAAAGGAAUUCAUUGAUGAAUGGGAACGAUUGACAUUUGAUGAACACAUUCUCCAGAUUGUGAGAGGAUGUAAGAUUGACCUUGUAGAUCUACCAUGCCAGAAUUCUGUCCGAGAAACCAAGCUAAAUGCUACACAAGGUGCAUAUUUGGAUAAAGAGGUUAAGACCAUGCUAGACAAAGGUAUCAUAGAAGCAGUUCCUUCUACUCAGGAGGGUUAUGUGAGCACUGUGUUCCUAGUGCCAAAAUCAGAUGGCACUUAUAGACUCAUCCUGAAUUUGAAAAAACUGAACAACUGUGUUGAAAAACUCCAUUUCAAGAUGGAACACCUUAAAUCUGCUCUUUGUCUCAUUUCUCCGGGCUGUUUUAUGGGCUCUAUUGACUUAAAAGAAGCCUAUUAUGCUGUCAGUAUUGCAGAGGAGGAUAGAAAAUAUUUGCGUUUCAUUUGGAGAGGUAGAACAUAUCAAUAUCAAUGUCUUCCCUUCGGCUUGACGUCAGCUCCUCGCAUAUUCACAAAACUUUUGAAACCUGUGUUCAGUACUUUGAGGGAGAUGGGUUACUUAUCAGUUAUCUAUAUUGAUGACUCUUAUCUCCAGGGACAAACAUUGGCAUUAUGCAAGGAGAAUAUUCAUGCUACGAAACAUCAGCUUGAGAAACUAGGAUUUCUGAUUAACUAUGAGAAGUCAGUGUUACAGCCCUCUCAGAAAAUUGUGUUCUUAGGUUUCAUACUGAACUCUAAAGAAAUGACAAUCUCUCUCACAGACAAGAAAGUCCAAAACUUUCAUCUUCAUUACCGUAACUUGAUUGAGAAAGACUUUGUGACAAUUCGGCAGUUGGCGAAAAUCACUGGAAUUGUUGUUUCUUAUACUAUAGCAGUGCCAUUCGGCAGUUUGUUUGUGAAACGGCUGGAAAUUGAGAAAACGUGUGCCUUGAAAGCGGCGAGAGGUGAUUUUGAAGCUCACACCUCCCUUUCUGAGAGUGUAAGACAAGAUUUAAAAUGGUGGGAGGACAAUGUUGACUCUAGUGGUGCUCCGAUUCGCAGAGAGGAGCCAACACACACACUGACUACUGAUGCCUCUGGUCAGGGCUGGGGGGCAGUGUUAGAUCAUGAACAGCAAAAAACUGGAGGUAGAUGGUCUCUGGAGGAGCUGGAAUACAAAACCAAUAUCAACUAUCUGGAGCUAAAAGCUAUCCUCCUAGGCCUGAAGUGUUUUGUAGACAAUUUAUCAGGGCGUCAUAUACGCCUUCGCAUUGACAAUGCUACUGCUGUCUCCUACAUUAAUCAUAUGGGAGGUACCAGAUCCGAGCUGUGUAACAGUAUGGCCCGUGAAAUUUGGCUGUUGGCGCAGCAUUAUGGUAUGUGGUUGUCAGCAGUCCACCUUCCAGGUACCCAGAAUUGGGUAGCUGAUAAAGAGAGUAGAGUGUUCGAGGACUCAACUGAAUGGAUGUUAAAGCGUGAAAUUUUUCAAUCAAUUACCAGUAACUUUUUUGUGCCUACAGUUGAUUUGUUCGCUUCUCGUUUGAACAGUCAGGUACCUGUCUAUUUUUCAUGGAAGCCAGAUCCAUAUGCUUAUGCCUUUGAUGCUUUGAUGUAUAGUUGGACAGAAUAUAAAUUCUAUGCAUUCCCACCCUUCAGCCUACUGGACAGAGUCAUGGAGAAAGUCAGAUCAGACCGGGCGGAGGGCUUGGUGAUCCUACCAAGGUGGCCAACGCAGAACUGGUACCCAGCGAUGCUGAGAAUGUGUGUGUCUCCACCCCGUCUACUGCCGAGGGGGAGGGGUACACUUGUGCUUCCAUUCAAGGAGUUGUCGGUUCACCCUCUCCACAGGAAACUUCAGCUGAUGGUUUGCCAUUUGUCAGGCAGUGUCUACAGACUCAGGGACUGUCAGAUGACACCAUAUCCAUUGUCAUGCAUUCAUGGAGGGGAGCACCCAAAACAGUACAGAACAUACCUAGUAAAGUAUCGUGAUUUCUGUAAAAGGGAGGGUAGAGACCCCUUUGUACCUAGUGUUAAUACAGUGUUGGAUUUUCUGAGAAAGCUCUAUGACUCUGGUUGUGGAUAUAGUGCCAUUAACACGGCUCGCAGUGCUUUAUCUGCCAUAUUACAAUUUCCAUCAGGCUUACCUAUAGGUCAGCAUCCCUUAGUAAAGAGAUUUUUGAAGGGCAUUUUUAAUCUUAGGCCAGCCUUACCAAGAUAUCAACAUACUUGGGAUGUUGGUGUAGUGUUAGAUUAUCUAGUUAGCUUAGGUAGCAAUGAUCAGUUGUCCCUAAAGACCCUCACGUUUAAACUUACUAUGUUAUUAGCCCUAGUUAGCGGUCAGAGGGUACAGUCUCUACAGUUACUGAGCCUGGAUAACAUGAAGAGAUCCAGAGACAAAAUUGUGUUUGUUAUCCCUAGUUUAGUCAAACAGUCUAGACCAGGUGUUCAUGUGAAACCUGUAGAGAUCUGCCAGUUUGAGAAGGAACCUCUGUGUGGGGUUCGCUGUUUGGAUGAAUAUAUUUCAAGAACAGAGACCCUAAGGCAGCAUUAUCAGUUGCUUGUUAGUUUCAUUGCCCUUACAGAGCAGUGUCCAGAGACACAAUCUCCAGAUGGCUGAAGAUUUUACUGAGUGCAGCUGGAAUAGACACUGAGAUGUUUAAAGGACACAGCACACGGGCUGCUUCUACCAGUGCAGCUCACAGUGCGGGUUUGUCUAUGCAGACUAUAAUGAGUGCAGCUGGUUGGUCUUCUGCGGGUGUGUUCGCCAAGUUUUACAACAAGCCUGUGGACACUCAGCUGUCUUUUUGGUGAAGCAGUACUUGCCUCAACUGAGUGACAUUUGUUCCCAAUGUUGAACACAUUUCCUGAUAUUAAUUCCCUAAAAGUUACAGAUGUCAUGACAGGAUUGCAUUGAUGUGACUGUUUUCUCUAUUUUGAUUCUUAUUGAUGGAAACAAUACUGAUACAUCCUUGUAUUACUGAGUCAAUUUGUUUAAUUAAAGCCAUUAAUCCUU